GGUUCCAUCAAGAUCAUGGAUCCAGUAGGACCAUAAACUGAACAAAAGUAUAACUUCUAACACUUUUCAUAAAGAAAAUUGCUUUAACGUUUUUUUUCCCCACCUGAUUUGCAGUAAACAUAUAAAUUCACAUUUUAUAUAAAUUCGAUGCUGAAGUGAAACGAAAUGCCUACGUUCAGAAACCCAUCACAGUGAAAUAGUUUUGGUUCAUUUAGGAAGGCUGAGGAUAUAAAGCAUUUUUCAGUGCUCCAUUGCAAAUCUAAAACUAUCCCACUUUUGCAUGUCUCUCUGUUCAUUUGAGCAUCAACAUGUGGCAGGAGCAGCAGCAUCUCCAGACGUCUGUCAUGUGAGGCAUGACUGCGCGUCACCGCUAUUUUGGACACUUUGGAUGGAGCGCAGGAGGAUGCGCACAAGGACGUGCCAGAUCCAUACUUGACACUAUAGAAGCAUAAACAUAUGUCUCAGAUCAAAUCCUAGCUGUUUAAGAAGGAUAUCACAGUACGUUUAUCAUGGCUGGUCCUCAGAGCGGCUCAAACGUAACGCGUAAUUUCACAAAUCAAUUCGUGCAGCCGCCGUGGCGCGUCGCGAUCUGGUCGGUCGCGUACAGCUCCGUGCUGGCGGUCGCUGUGUUCGGUAACCUCAUCGUUAUUUGGAUCAUUUUGGCUCAUAAACGGAUGCGCACCGUGACCAACUAUUUCUUGCUCAACUUGGCGUUCUCCGACGCCUCGAUGGCCGCCUUCAACACGCUCAUCAACUUCAUUUACGCCACGCACGGAGAGUGGUACUUUGGAGAGGUUUACUGCAAGUUCCACAACUUCUUUCCCGUGACCGCUGUGUUUGCCAGCAUUUACUCCAUGACAGCGAUUGCAGUCGACAGGUACAUGGCCAUAAUUCACCCUCUGAAGCCUCGUCUGUCAGCUACCGCUACUAAAGUGGUGAUUGUCUGUAUUUGGGCCCUGGCUGUGAUUUUGGCCUUCCCACUGUGUUUCUACUCGACCACGAGAACUAUGCCUCGCAGAACUGUCUGCUACGUUGCUUGGCCGAGACCUUCUGAGGAUUCGUUCAUGUAUCAUAUCAUAGUAACGGUGCUGGUGUACAUGCUGCCCCUAGUGGUUAUGGGUAUCACUUACACUAUAGUUGGGGUGACACUCUGGGGAGGAGAGAUUCCUGGAGAUUCGUCGGACAAUUAUGUUGGACAAUUACAUGCUAAAAGGAAGGUGGUGAAGAUGAUGAUCGUGGUGGUGGUGACCUUUGCCCUCUGCUGGUUGCCCUAUCACAUCUAUUUCAUUGUGACCGGCCUAAACAAGCGUCUGAACAAGUGGAAGUCCAUCCAGCAGGUGUAUCUGUCUGUGUUGUGGUUAGCCAUGAGCUCCACCAUGUACAACCCCAUCAUUUACUGCUGUCUGAAUGGCAGGUUUAGGGCCGGUUUCAAACGGGCCUUCAGGUGGUGUCCCUUCAUCCAUGUGUCCAGCUACGAUGAACUGGAGCUCCGUCCCACCCGUCUCCACCCACGCAACCAGAGCAGCAUGUGCACCCUGUCCCGCAUUGACACCAGCGUCCACGGCGACGACCCGCGCCGCACCAACCGCAAGAGCACCAAGUCCCUGUGUCAGGUGGAGGUCAAAGAUGAAAGCACAGCAGCUACUAAGCUCUGCCUUCACAGAGAGCCCACGUUUGCAACCGAGCAGCUCAGCUGAAGAGCCCCACCUGCAUCAGAUCGUGGUUCUGUCAUAAGUGCUCUGUUAUAGACAUACUUUAAAUAACACAAUAAGAAUACAUCCACAGAUGUUAUAUAAAGGAGAUACUGUACACUUUAGAGUGUGCAUUGAGACUAAAUGCACUCAAACCUGCAGCAUGAUGAGGUAAUACUGCCUCCAAGUGGAGAACUUUGAGUGUUUUCAGUGUAGUCAGGCAUACUACUGCCUAGUAUAUACUGCAUGCUGCAUAUAUAGUAUAUACUGCAUAUAUAGUAUAUACUGCAUACUGCCUUCUUUAAAUAGAACACAACAUAGUACACAUUAUGCAAUGUCAAACAUUUAAAACAUGAAAACAGUAUGCUACACUAAAGAUUCAUGACCUCAUCAUGUUGCAUGAUUAUAAAUAUGGCACAUUUGAUUCAGUUUUGUUUACAAAAAAAAUGGUUAAAGUCUGUCAGAUAAUGCUAAAAUGAUGCUUAAAUUAAUGCUUCUGAAUCAUUCAUUUUUGAAUAGAAUUGGACUGUCAAAUCAAAGUCAAGUGUUCUGCUCUAUGUGUUCUAUUCACAUAGAAAAUGUGCAUUCUGUGAGUUCUGAACAUAUCCAGCACUUCUCCUUCUAUAUGAAAGUGUAUUUCAGUUUGAUGUUUUGUAAGGUAGACCGACUUCAAAAGUUUAACUGAAUGUAAAUCUUACUGUAAUAAUACAUCUGAGCCAACAAACAUAUAGGCAGAUUUUAAACGUGUGCUGUGAGAUGAAUCAGUGUCAGAAAAUGAGUCUGAAUGAUUUUAAAUAAUGUGCUGUGUCUCUGAGUGACAGAAAUAAUGGGCUUUAUUUGAAUUUCCUAAAACCAUUCUCACAUACAUUGGUGCACAAAGCUCUGUCUGUUUCAUAAAAAAGGUCUAAUGAAUGUAUAUAAAAGACUACAAUAACUGAACUAUACAGUUUAUUUUUGUCUUAUUCGUGUUUGAUAUAUUACAGUAUGUGCUGUAUUUAUGAUGUACUGUAAAUGUUAACACCACUGAUAAUGUGCUUAUGGUUUGUUUUGAACAUAAUGUGCAAAGUUAACUUUUCAUGACCUGAAAUCACUAAAGUAGUCAUAAAAAGUGGAUGUGGUAAAAAUGCUUUUUACGUUUAAAUAAAUUGAUGUUUUUCUAGCUUUUACGCCUGCUUUGAUCUAAAAUAAAAAUGUAUGUGAUAAACUAAUCAUGUUGGUAUGGUCACAUUGUUUUGAUGUUAAAUGUGAACAAAAAAAAUUAUUAAA